AUGCACUUUCUCGCUAAAGCAAUGGGUCUUGCCUCGCUGGCGGUUCUGAUGGUGAAGGCGUCGCCUCUGCAAAAGCGAGACUUUGGCCCUGUGACAAUCUACACGCCUCCGAGCAACUACACAAGCGAUCGAUCGCUCUAUGCGCGAUCCCUCAUGCUGACCGUUAAUGAUAACUCGGGCACUCUCCUUAGUACCUGGGAGAAUUACUCUGGAGGCAAGACUUGGUUCCCCAUCUAUCGCUCCACCGAUCACGGCUACACUUGGGCGCCCUUCUCGACGGUGACGGACCAGGUGAAUGGUUGGGGUCUGCGGUACCAGCCUUUCCUAUACGAGCUGAAGCAAAGCUUCGCGGGUUAUCCGCCCGGUUCUAUUCUGCUUGCUGGCAACUCGAUUCCUGAAGACCUUUCCAGGACACAGCUGGAUCUCUAUAUUAGCACAGACAAGGGCAAAACCUGGAAGUUCCUCUCGCACAUUGCUGCUGGUGGCAAGGCCGUGCCCAACAACGGCGAGACUCCGGUUUGGGAGCCGUUCUUGCUGGUUAACAACGGCCAGCUGAUCUGCUAUUACUCGGAUCAACGCGAUCCCAAGUAUGGCCAGAAGCUGGUGCACCAGACCACCACCGAUCUCAAGACCUGGGGUGCCGUGGUCGACGAUGUGACCGAGCCGGCCUACUCUGCGCGUCCAGGUAUGCCCGUGGUAGCGGAAAUGGGGAAUGGCAAUUACAUCAUGACAUUCGAGUACGGAGGUGCACCAGAAGGCGACUUUUCGGUGUAUUACAAGAUCUCGCACGACCCUUUCAGCUGGGCAGACAAGCCGCAGCAGGUGCUCAAAGCCACAGACGGAACCGUUCCUCGAUCCAGCCCUUACGUCAUGUGGACGCCCAUAGGCUCGAGGUCGGGCUCCACGGCAAACGGCACCGUCGUGGUCAGCGCUUACACGGAUACGGGCCUCUACCUCAACCGCGCCAACGGAGCCGCCAACGCAUGGACUCGUCUCUCGGUUUCCAACGCUCCCGCCGCCUAUUCUCGUUCAGUCACCAUGGGCUUCAACCCGAAAGACAUCGUGAUCCUUGGCGGCGGAAGUCUCGGUCAGGGCUCGACUAACCACGUCACGUUCAGCGCUCGAGACGUGAAUGGGUGCAGCACUUGCUGA